ACCCAGAUAUUUGCUAGGGCCACCACUAUAGCUAUAUUACAUUUUAAAUUUUUACUAAAAUAUAUGCCAAUUGAUUUCGGAUUAUUAAAGACGUGAGGAUUAACAAUGGCUUCGUCCGACAACGGAGUAAUACUAAGUGAAUAUCAAAAAAAAUUAAAAACAAUGAAAAAAAAAUUUUUUGUUUUGCACAAAGAAACAAUUAAUUCCGCUGCACGGUUGGAAUAUUACGAUACUGAAAAAAAAUUUCUUCAAAAUGCAGAGCCAAAACGCGUUAUUUAUUUGAAGAGCUGUUUUAACAUUAAUCAGCGAUUUGAUACUAAACAUAAGUUUGUAUUAGCUCUAUCAUCAAGAGAAGGCGGCUUUGGAAUGGUGUUGAACUCUGAAAGUGAUUUACGAAAAUGGUUAGACAACUUAUUAUCCAUACAACGUGAAAACACAACUGGAACCGAUCAAGUAUAUACAUCAUAUGAAUAUGUUUGGCAAGUUGUUGUCCAAAAGAAAGGAAUGUCUGUACAUGUUGGAAUCACUGGAAGUUAUCAUUGCUGCCUAACUUCAAAAUCACUGACAUUCAUAUGUAUUGGACCGGAAAAAUUAGCGAAUGGAGAUAAUCGAAUUGUAAAAGUUGAGAUACUUUUAACAACUAUUAGAAGAUGUGGACACGCUUCCCCACAAAACAUUUUUUAUAUGGAACUAGGCAGACAGAGUGUGCUGGGUUCCGGUGAACUAUGGAUGGAAACAGAAGAUUCCGCAAUUGCUAAACAUAUGCACGAUAUGAUAUUAAGCGCAAUGUCAGCUAAGUCUGAGUCAAAUAUGAAUUUGUUAAAUGUAUACAAAGGACACUCAGAUUUAAGUAAUGAGCCGAUGAGGAAACGUUCGUCAUCGGCUAAUGAAGCAUCAAAGCCUAUUAACGUUUUACAGAAACGACAAAAUCAAACUGAAAUAAGAAACAGUUUUUCUCCACAGUAUAACAGUUAUGGACGUGAGCGUUGCGACAGUUUGCCAACUAGAAAUCGGACACUAAGUGAAUGCAGUAAUCAAACAUAUAUUGCAUUGAAACAUGGGCAUCGAUGUAACACUAUAUCAGGAUCACGGCCAUAUUUUAUCCAAAGACACACUGACAGUCCACCAACUUAUUCAACAAAAUGCUCUGAAAGUGAAGAGUCUUCAAUAAGCAUUGACGAAGCAAAUGAAAAAUCCAACUUUGACGCUUAUCGAAUAAACUCAAGGACAUCUAAAGCGAUGAUACCCGAAGAAAAUAUGGAUGAUGAUGUUCAAGACAACAGCAAAGUUGUAGGAAGUAAUGGUACUGGCCCGAUUCGAGGAUCAAACUCUUUACUCAAUGCUGCCGAUGAAGACUUGAAGAUCGAUUUUCCCGAGCACUCACCUGAAAAACUUGGAAAAGACGCCGAUGUCGACAAUAAGUGCGAACGUCCAAGUCGAGCUUAUUCGAUUGGAAGUAGGGUCGAACAUUUUAAACUGAGUAAACUUCUUGGAAAUAUAAAUGAGCUGGAUAAUACUUCACCGCGGGUACGAGCGUAUUCAGUUGGAUCAAAGUCAAAAAUUCCACGUUGCGAUAUUCAGCAAGGUGUUCUUUUUUCUAAGUUAACAAACGGUCAUCAUCAUAAAGGAAGUAUUUGUAAUGUAGAUGUUCAAACAUGCAGUGAAAUUAUUGGAUUUAAUACUACAAAAGAAAUUAAAUCUACGAGUGCCCCACUUUUAAAUUUAAGAAACUACAUUAGUCCUGUCCGCAUGAGUGAUUUAAUGGAAAUUGAUUUUUCCAAUGUCACCCAGGCAUCCACCACUUCACAACAGCAAAGAUUGUUUAAAAAUUGUCAAGUACCUGAAAAGCAAAGUGAAACUCUAGCUCAAAAAAGGAUUGCUAGCGAUAAUCCGAAUUCAUAUGGAAAUAUCAAGCGUACUGAACUGAAUCCCCAAAAUGACUUGACUAGUAAGUAUAAAAUAACAAAAUGUGGAGAAAACUCCGAUACUGGAUAUUUAGAAAUGAAACCAGUUGGCAAAGUGUACCCUAAUUUCAAGCAAUUAAGUCUUGAUGACCAGAUGGAAAAGUUAAGGUUACAAAAUCAAUGCCUACGAUUGGGAGCAAUGCAGGAUGAACCUAGAAAUAAUAAUAGCUUUUGCUGUGUUAUGUCAGAAAGAAAUGGAGAUUUGACAGAGUCUCAACAUAUUACAAAUAUAAAUAAAUAUAAUGCUGAAAAUCUUGACAAAUCUUUCCCAACAAGUGAAGAGCAUACCAAGCUGGAAAAGAACAAAACGGAAAAUGCAAUAGUAAGUUUUGCUUUAGAUAUAGGUAAUGCUGACACAGUGGGAAGAAAAUUAAUACAUUCUAUUAGUAACGAAGACUACACGAAGCAUGUAAACAAAUCAAAUGCAUCUGAUACUAAGGAAGUUGGCUACCAAAUUCUUCAAAUCAAAAGUGAUAGUUCUCUUAUUUCAAAGAAAAAAAAUCAAAGACCAUCUUAUAAACAACAAAUAAAUCGACAAUAUCAUUUAGAAGAUUUGAAAAAAGUUGAUCGAAAGGAGGCAAUACUAAAUACGCCCACUAAAUGUAAAAUAUUAAACGAAAAAGAAUCAAAAGAUUUAAAUGAGGAUGCAUUGUCAGAGCAUAUUCUAGAUCAGGGUGCGACUGGAUUAUCUUCAGGAUUGUGCGAAUAUGAACUCUAUUAUGCAAGCUUAGACCUUCCACAAUGUAGUGGGCAAAUGACAACAAAUAGCCUUAAAAAAGUGUCAUGUGAAUCUUCGCCAACACCAAUUUGCUUUGAGAGCAAUAGUUCAUAUGCAAAAAUUGAUUUUGAUCAAUCGGAUUCAUCGUCUGCUUCAUCAAAAAUUUGUAAUAUUUAAAAUCUUCUAUACGUAUAAAUAUACAACUUUUUUUAAAAGUAAAAA